AUGCCCUAUCUCCGUCUGCAGUGUGAAAAAUCUCCCGGUCUAUACACCCUUUUGAUCACUCAUGAGAUUUGCGGGCCAUUGUUCAGUCAUACAAGCCGUGAACACGUAUGGCCUUACGGUCAGGCACUUUGCUGUGCUGAGCUUUGCGGCACGCAGUGCGUCAGGCGCACCUGGUUUCUGGCACGCAGACCGUUAAAAGGCGUCAACGGACUUCGAAGGUCAUUUUCCAGCUGGCGGACGUCGAGAGGGUUCCUCAGCGGCCGGCCGGCAGCUUUCUGUAGACUGGUGUGGCAUCAAAAUACGAAUUUUUCUUCUAGAAGUACUUGUACCAGUGCAACACUGUUCUACAACGUUCAUUGUAAGAGUAAAACUUUAGAAGUUGUGGUUGUGAAGUUCAUCCUUGUUGGCAACAGCCCAGCAGCCCAACAGAAGGAGCAGUUCAAAAGCAGCCCAGAAGCAGAAGCAUCACCACCAGGAGUAGUUCAGUAUCAGCAGCAGCAGCACCACCACCACCAGCAUCACUUACAGAGACACCGGAGAUGGAGACUUGAAGUGACAGCAGCAGCAGCAGCAGCAGCAGUGUCUGAGAUAGCAGCGGAGAUAAAAGAACCUCAGCCACCUGAAAUUCGUGAAACUGAAGAACCAAAAGCCAUUGUGGAUAUCAUGAACCAUUUCCAGGUUAUCUCUAAAACUGUUCAAAGGCUGGAAAAGAAGAUUGAUGACAUGGAUAACAAAGUAACAAAAAUUUAUUACUCUCGUGCCAGAUCCUUUUGGCGUUACCCUCCUUUUAAAUUAGUAUCUAGAAGAUACAAUUACCUGACAUCUAAAAGACUUAAACUCCAGAAAGAGAGCCAAGUAGUUCAUGAUGAUACCUUCUCCUAUCCUCAAAGUUACAGUCCAACUUCACCAGUCCGCACAAGGGAUGAACCGAGCUUUGAUGUAGAGAACGAUGAGACUAUAGAUUACAUCCAGAUGUACCAGUACCAUGAUAUUAUUGACAACGCCCAGACAUUCCAGAACCCUGAUUCUAUUGACAACGCCCAGAUGUUCCAGAACCCUGAUUCUAUUGACAGUGCCCAGACAUACCAGUAUGCUGAUUCUGUGGACAACACCGAAAGUAUCCAGAACACUGAGAACGAUGCUGUUUUCCAUUUUGACGGUUCCCUGGGAGUGAGAUGUAUCAGUUCUUCACCAGAGAGUAACCAUCAAGAAACUCCACUGAGUCCUAAAUAUACUCCCCAAAACUACCAACAGCAUUGCAGAUUUAAAAGAAUUCCUGGCUCUUCUACAAUGACCCACUACAGUGACUUUGAAAAUCCCAACUUGUACACCACCAUUUCUUCCGCUUCAACAAUAUUGAAAGGAAGCAACCUCCCUCGAGGGGAGCUCAUCCCCAUCAGGAAUCCUGAAAUGAAGCGAUUGGCCUUACUGGAGGCCCAGAGUACACCUGUGAUUGAUCCUAAUACUUUUGGUUUGUCAUCCAGUUGUACCAAGGCUGUUGUGAGAGACCUUGGAAAGCCUUUAAACUGGUCUGUGAAUGACGUGAUAACAUUUCUGAACCGUUUAGAUCCUCCGUUGGCAGACCAACUCUACUCCACCAUCAAAGAACAUGACGUUGAUGGGAAAGCCUUGCUGUUGCUCAACACUGAUAUAAUGAUAAAAUAUAUGAGGAUGAAGGUGGGAGUGGCCUUGAAGCUCAGCAGCUACAUUCAAAAGCUUAAAAAAGGAGUAAACUGUCACCCGUAA